AUGAAUUACAUCAAGUCGACCGUCAACACCCUUCGCGACCGGUACACGCCGGUGUCGCACACAUCAACCUUCCGCCAGACGGGCCAGAUCACACCCGACGAGUUCCUCGCCGCUGGCGACUACCUCGUCUACAAGUUCCCAACCUGGUCCUGGGGCCAAGCCGAUGACGAUGCCCGCCGUGUCAGCUACCUGCCGCCCGACAAGCAGUAUCUCGUCACGCGAAACGUGCCGUGCCACCGCCGGCUAGACGACGAUUUCGCCGGCGACGCCGGCCACGAGGAGGCCGUCGUGGGCGACGGUGAGGAUUUCAACGACUUUAAGGAUUCCAAGCCCCGCACCCCCGGCAGCCAGUCCGACGACGAUGGCUGGCUGCGCACCGGCGGCCUGACGAGCUCGCAACCGCUGAAGGCGAGGGAUGUACGCACCGUCGACGACAGCGGCAACCUCGGCGAUGCCACGGACCCCGACGAUGACGACAUCCCGGACAUGGACGAUGACGACGACGACGACGACGCCAUCAUCCGAGAUGUCGGCUCCGACUCCAAGAACAGGCAGGUCGCCCUCUUUGGCCCUCCCCGCGCCCCCCUCGACAGCCAAAUCCGUCUCGCUAACAGCUUCGCCAGUGGCCGUCGCGCAUACACGUUGUACAUUGUCUACACGCCCUACUAUCGGACCCCGCGCCUGUACCUGUCGGGCUACCUCUCCACCGGCCAGCCCCUCCCGCCGCACAGCAUGAUGGACGACAUCGUCGGCGACUACAAGGACAAGACGGUGACGCUCGAGGACUUCCCCUUCUUCGCCAACAACGUCAAGAUGGCCAGCGUCCACCCGUGCAAGCACGCCUCGGUGAUGAAGACGCUACUCGACCGCGCCGACGCCGCCCUGCGCCUCCGUCGGGACAAGCUUCGAGCCUCCCAACCUAUUGCUGCUGCCGACGCCGACGCGCCGGGCCUCGGCUCCGUCGUCAACGACCUGGGCAAGCUGCAAGUUAAGAGCGCGCAGGAGCCGGCCGACAAGGACGAAUGGGAGGAGGUCCAAGGCGUCGAAGCUGAUGAGCAGGACGUCGCCAUCCGCGUCGACCAGUAUCUCGUCGUUUUUCUCAAGUUCAUGGCCAGCGUCACGCCUGGCAUCGAGCAUGACUUCACCAUGGGCGUCUGA